GUUGUCUGAAGUUUUAUUGUUGAAAAUGGAGCCUUAUAAAAAACAUCGAGUUAUUUUAACUGCAUUAAAUGCAAAUUUAGUAAAUGUGGCAUUUGGAACAUGUCUUGGAUGGUCAUCGCCAAUUGUUCCCAAAUUAAAUACUCACACUGAAGACAGUCCAUUAAAAUUUCCAAUAACCAAAGAAGAAGAAGGUUGGAUAACUUCAAUCAUUACUCUGGGAUCUUUAAGUACAUGCAUUAUUGGUGGACCUUUAGGAGGUUUAAUCGGAAGAAAAUGGACUCUUCUUGUGGGUUCAAUGUUUUUCACAGCUUCGUUUAUUUUAAUGAUGGUUGCAACUGAAGUUUGGUUUAUCUAUUUGGGCCGUUUGAUGCAGGGCUUUGGAGCAGGACUUUGUGUUGCUACUCUUCCUUUAUAUGUUGGAGAAAUAGCCACAGAUGAUGUUCGAGGAGCUCUUGGUUCUUUAAUGGCACUUAAUUUGCUUGGUGGAAUUCUCUACGUUUACUGUAUCGGUCCCUAUGUAAGUUACAUAGCUCUGCAGUGGUUUUGUAUAGCAAUUCCCAUAUUGUUCCUCGUCAUAUUUCCUUUCAUGCCAGAGAGUCCAUAUUUUUACGCAGCCAGAAACCAAAGACCGGAAGGAAUAAAAUCCUUGCAAUUUCUUCGCGGACAAAAAGCUUCUCAAGUCGAAGCUGAAAUGACAAAAGUUCAAAAAAACGUUGACGAAGCAAAGUCCCGAAAAGGAAAACUAACUGAUGUCAUUUGCAACAGAGGCUACCGAAAGGCUCUGUUUAUUUGUUGUGGUCUUUUGACACUGCAACAGUUAACUGGUACCUCAGUUGUCACUUUUAAUAGUCAAUCGAUAUUUAGCAGUGCCAAGUCAACUUUAGAUCCGGCUAUUGCAACAAUUAUACUUGGUGUGGUUCAAUUAUUUUCCAACUUGAUCACUCCAUUUGUGGUGGACCGAAGUGGUCGAAAAAUAGUUCUUCUUAUUUCAGCGUGUGGCAUGUGUGUGUCAUUGGUAGCAUUGGGAACGUUCUUUUAUAUUCAAGCAUUUGGCGAUGCAACUGGUAUUGAAUGGCUUCCAGUUCCUGCAUUGAUUGCAUUCAAUGUUUUGUAUUCUUUUGGAUUUGGACCUCUUCCUUGGGCAGUAUUAGGGGAAAUUUUUCCUUUGAACAUCAAACCAAUUGGCACAUCGAUAGCGUGUGUUUGUGCUUUUAUAACGGGUUUUGUGGUAACACGUUGGUUUCCGGAGUUAAAUGCUUUGGGACCAUAUUAUGCUUUUUGGAUAUUUGGAUCAUUGUGUAUUGUGGCAUUAUUGUUUGUCAUUUUUGUUAUGUUUGAGACAAAAGGAUUAAGUUUGCAGCAGAUCGAGGAGAAACUACAUGCAAAAUGA